AUGACCGACGCGGACUUGGGAAAUCUUUCCUUGCUUGAGAGGAUCAGCCUCUUGGAAGAGCGCGUGACCGCGCUCCAACAAAAGGUAGCGGCGGGUGCGGCUGCCGCGGCACGCGAGUUCGAGGCUUGCGCUGCUCACAAGUGCCUGGCUGCGCGUUUCGAUUCGCAAAACGAUCGAAAUAUGAGCCUUUCUCUAGAGGAGCAAAUUCAUCAUCGAGACAGUAUGCAGAUCUUGGACGCGCUACAGCAACAGUCCCAGGUGAUCUCCCUGGCUAGUAUGGUGGCGAACCCGACGCCACUUGGUCUGUUUGCCUUUGGAGUGACGACGCUGCUAGCCGGUGCUGAUCUGUACGGUGCGACUGCUAAAAACACUUUUUCUGUGGCGCUCAUUAUUGGGGGUUUGGCACAAAUUCUCGCGGGUAUGUGGUGUUUCCGGCGGAACAAUACGUUCGGCGCAACGGCUUUUUCCCUGUUCGGAUCAUACUGGGGUGCGCGUGGCGUGCAGCUGUUAGUGGAGCUGCUCCAUCCGGGACUUUUCCCGUCCGCUGAUCGCGCGGGAACCUGUAUUUUUUAUGUGAUAUUUUGCAUCCUGACCUUGAUUCUAUUAGUUCAAGCACUGCGAAUGAAUUACGCCUUGAGCGCGACGGUAUUCUUUGUCGCCCUCGUGUACAUUUUCCUAGCAAUUACUGCAUACGUGGAGGGCGUCAAGUACGUUGCAGCGACUUGUGCGAUCAUCGCCGGAUCGCUCGCUUUCUACGUGGGUCUAGCAGACUUUACCAACGAAAUAUAUGAGAAACCGCUGAUUCCUUUGUUUCCACAUCCGCGACACGCUCGCGACUACGAAGAAGGCAAGCGGUACGUACCUCGGCCGCAUGCUCAUAAGAGCGCCGUCGAUAUCCCGCCUGUUUGA